GCUGUGGUCCCUCCCUGUUUGGUGUCUGGGGCCUUCUGUGUCGCUACGGGCACAGCGCCGGUCACACCAUGGCUGGGGUCCCGAAUGCGCCACAGCCUCUCGAGAGACGUGGGUCUUCGGAGCCUCUUUAGUGCCGGAGCUCGGGCCGCAGGCGGCUCCGCGGCGGCGGAAAAACAGGAAAUACAUGAAGGUACAGGAAGGUGUUUGGCAGACUCUGAAGGGCUGUGCCAAUGCUGGUUGUUUGUUGUUCUCAGAACCUCUGGAAUGGAUGGACUCUUCCUGAGCAGCUUUGCUAACUUGCAGCAGCUGAACAAUGUUCCUCAUUAAUAUCUGUCUGUCAGCAUAAUCGUCACAUCAUUUCACUCUGGUGGCAGGGACUCAGCUCUGAAUUCUGUAUAGAAAAAGCACCUGGAUCCCAGUCUUUCAAUGGCUUCGAGACAACCAGAAGUGCCUGCUCUUGAGCCUAGUGGGCCUCUAGGCAAGAUGUCCCUGCCCAUCGGGAUGUAUCGCCGGGCAUUCAGCUAUGAUGAUGCCCUCGAGGACCCUACGCCCAUGACUCCUCCUCCAUCGGACAUGGGCAGCAUCCCCUGGAAGCCAGUGAUUCCAGAGCGCAAGUAUCAGCACCUCGCCAAGGUGGAGGAAGGAGAGGCCAGCGUCUCAUCCCGUGCCCUGCCAUCGGCCAUUGAUGGUGCGGACAAGGUCCCCGUGGUGAAGGCUAAAGCUACCCAUGUCAUCAUGAGUUCUCUGAUCACAAAACAGACCCAGGAGAGCAUUCAGCGUUUUGAGCAACAGGCAGGGCUGAGAGAUGCUGGCUACACACCCCACAAGGGCCUCACCACCGAGGAGACAAAGUACCUUCGAGUGGCAGAAGCACUCCACAAACUAAAACUCCAGAGCGGAGAGAUAACAAGAGAGGAGAAGCAGCCGGCCUCCACCCAGUCCACCCCAAGCAGCAGCCCUCACUCGUCCCCUAAGCAGAAGCCCAGAGGCUGGUUCACUUCUGGUUCUUCCACAGCCUUACCUGGCCCCAAUCUUAGCACCAUGGAUUCUGGAAGCGGGGAAAAAGACAGAAGCUCGGCAGAUAAAUGGAGCCUCUUUGGACCAAGAUCCCUCCAGAAGUCUGAUUCAGGAGGUUUUGCCAUCCAGGCCUACAAAGGAGCCCAGAAGCCUUCUCCAAUGGAACUGAUUCGCACGCAGGCCACCCGAAUGCCCGAGGAUCCAGCAGUGUUCAAGCCACCCAAAAUGGACAUUCCAGUGAUAGAAGGAAAGAAACAGCUGCCGCGGGCCCACAAUCUAAAACCGCGGGACUUGAAUGUUCUCACACCCACUGGCUUCUAGAGCUCUUUCUGUUCCAGGGACUCUGGAGAGAGGUGUCUUGAGCCCAGCUCCCCUUUACCUUGGCUCUGACAUAGGAAAAGUUUUGUUUUCUCUUUUUAAAAAUCUCUCAUACUGAGGCUAGAGCUAGAGACAUAAUUGGUUUUUGAGAAACAUUAGUGCAAAGCUUGUCCUUGUGUGGAAGAAGCAAUUUUGUCCUGCUUUAAUUUAAAGUUAGACUAAACCUCAGCAGUGAUGUAUGGGGACCUCAUUACCUAUUUUUGUAUCAUUUACCCUACACAAGAACUUUGAUCAUUACUUACUAGGUAAAUAAUAUGUGUUGUUCCAAAACCAAGGCUUCUUGAUUCCUUUACCACUGUCCAUGUGCGCAUGGACAAAUCACGGCACAGAGGCGUUCACUGACUAGUUUAGAUGACUUUGGUCCUCUUGGCUGUGCUGGCACUGAGUGCUCCAUCCUUGUCAGUUAUGGGGACCCAGGAUCUGUUUGAGAUCUGGGUAUAGUUAAGAGCCAGCCUUGGCAGGGAGCCCCUCUGUUUUCUGCUGAAACUGGAAUCUCCCUGCUUUUUGGUAGACCUCAUGGAUCACUUUAUCCUGCAGACAGUUCUUACUGUAGUACCUUUUGGGCCAGUGCUGUUGGAGGGAUGCUUCUCUUUUGUGUGUCACAGAACAAACAAACACUAGCCUUACAUAUCCUUUGUUGCACUUUAAAGUGAGAUUAAUUUAACUCCCAUUUGGUUGAAAACUUCCUAAGGGAGAAAAUCCAGUCUACUGGUUUGGUAUAGAUAAAUGGAUGUUAAACUUUCUUAAAGGAGGCGGCAACUGCAGUUCAAGUAUAGUCUUGUGGUUCAUACGAAACUAGUGUCACCCUAUUUUGAGUUUCUUGUUCAGGCCAGGGCCUGAAAAAUUUUUUCCUGGGAGGUGGAAGAAUUAAAAAAUUUUCUGUAUGCAAUCAUUUCCCCCCCAAAUGAGCCUCAUACCUUUAUAAACACGUACCUCACUGAGGAAAGGGACGAGGGGAACCACCUUUUCAUUUCUCCUCACUGUGUACAUGUUCAUUCAUUGUCUUGAACACUGUCUGAAAUUCCUGCUGUCUUGCUUUGGGCAGUAUGGUGUCUACACAAGGAGCUGAGCUGACCUUCCCACAGAGAUGCCCUGGAGUCUAAAAUGAUCAGAACAGUUAAUUUAUUUGUGUCUUCUGUUAUGCUUGUAUCUCUUAACUUGUUUUGACAAUAAAAAUCCUUACUACUUUCUCAGAUGU